AGCUCUGUUGUGUUUGCUGUGGGCUGAUGCUGUUGUCAGCACACCUGUCCUCCUGUCCGUCAGGCUCCUCCCCUAGCUCGGGGGCUUCUGUUAGCUGGUUUAGUACAAAGGAGAAAGAAAGAGAUAGUUGUGUUUGUGUGUGAGAUUGCGAUCAGUCCGUAGGACACUAAAACUCCAGCAUCACACAACGACUCCAGUCUACUGCAUCCAGGGAGGGACCCCCUUCACCACAUCAAUCACACAAUCAGUCUCUAGACGCUAGACUCUACAGUCUCUGCAGCAACACUGACUGUUCCCAGGAGCCUGGACACAUGACAACAACGACUACAGUAACUAGGAUUGCAUCCAGGGAUUCAACACAGCAACCCAGCCUCUAGCUCAGUCCUUACAGCCCAGGUGACUGUUCCAAGGAGCCAAGAGCCAGGACGGAUCUCACCAGGACUACAUCCAAGGAUCUCACCAGGACUACAUCCAAGGAUCUCACCAGUCUCCACAGCAAACCAGCCCCCCACUGACUGUGUCGGACCCAGCAGCAGUCUUUUGUCAUCCAGGCAGGGAUCCCAUAGCAACCUACAACCUCUAACCUAGUCUCUUUAGUCCCACUGUCCCCCCCCACUCCUAGGCUCCAGGAUGACGUCUAUGGCAGGUCGGCUGGCCCGCCAGCAGGAGAGGGACAACGGUGUGGGAACCAACCAGCAGGCGGUGAAGUACCUCCAGCAGGACUAUGAAACGCUGCUUCAGGGCUGUCUGGAGACUGGGAGUCUGUUCCAGGACCCCUCCUUCCCUGCAGAGAGCAAGUCUCUGGGCUACAAAGAGCUCGGGAAGUACUCCGCCAAGACCAGGGGGCUGAUGUGGAAGAGACCCACGGAGUUGUGCUCAAACCCUAAAUUCAUUGACGAUGGAGCCACCAGGACUGAUAUCUGCCAAGGAGAUCUGGGUGACUGUUGGCUGCUGGCUGCUAUAGCAUCACUGACUCUGGACGAGGAAGUGCUGGCUAGGGUCGUUCCUCCUGAACAGAGCUUCACUGACCGCUACGCUGGCAUCUUUCACUUCCAGUUCUGGCAGUUUGGUGAGUGGGUGGACGUGGUGAUUGAUGACCGGCUGCCCACCAGAGAUGGAAAGCUGCUGUUUGUUCACUCAGCCGAGGGCUCUGAGUUCUGGAGCGCCCUGCUGGAGAAGGCCUACGCCAAGGUGAAUGGAUGCUAUGAGGCUCUGUCAGGUGGCUCCACCACUGAAGGGUUUGAGGACUUCACAGGAGGGAUAGCAGAGACCUACCAGUUGGACAAAGCUCCUCCUCACCUCUUCAAGAUCAUGGAGAAGGCACUGGGGCUGGGCUCACUACUGGGCUGUUCCAUUGACAUCACCAGUUCCUAUGAGACAGAGGCAGUGACAGAUCUUAAACUGGUGAAGGGACAUGCAUACUCUGUCACUGGUGUUGAAGAGGUCCAUCUCCACGGAGACCCGGUCCAGCUGAUUCGCAUCAGGAACCCCUGGGGACAGGUGGAGUGGACUGGGCCCUGGAGUGAUAGCUCCAGUGAAUGGAAAUAUGUCCAUCCCGAUGAGAAACUGAAGCUGGAUAAUGUUGCUGAGGAUGGGGAGUUCUGGAUGUCCUAUUCAGACUUUGUGCGUCAGUUCUCCAAGCUGGAGAUCUGUAACCUGACUCCGGACACACUGACCAGUGAUGAGGUGGGUCACUGGAACCACUGCCAGUACAAAGGUACAUGGAGGGUUGGGUCUACCGCUGGAGGCUGCAGGAACCAUGCAGCCACGUUCUGCUCCAACCCCCAGUUCCUGGUGUGUCUGGAGGAUGUGGACGAUGACCCUCUGGAUGGGGUGGACGGCUGCACUUUCCUGGUGGGCCUGAUGCAGAAAGAUGGACGUCGCAACCGCCAGUUGGGAGAAGACCUCACCGCCAUCGGGUUUGCCAUCUAUAAGGUUCCUGAUGAGUAUAAGGGUCAGUCUAACAUCCACCUGGGAGCAGACGUGCUGCUGAGACAGAAACACGUAGCCAUGAGCAGCACCUUCAUUAACACCAGAGAGGUGUGUGACCGUUUCUGCCUUCCCCCCGGGAAGUAUGUCAUCAUCCCCUCCACCUUCCAGCCUCACAAGAAUGGGAGCUUCAUCCUCAGAGUGUUCUCAGAGAAACAUGUUGCCACCAGGGAAAUGGGAUCAGUGGCUGCUGAAGAGGUAAAGGAGACUAAAGUGGCAGAGAAAGAUGUGGAUCCCCAUUUCAAGAAUAUGUUCAAGCAGAUCGCCGGCAAUGACGAAGAGGUGUCUGUCUUCAAACUUGUUGAAAUUCUGAACAAAGUUUUUGCUAAAAGGGCCGAUAUCAAGAGCGAUGGUUUUAGUCUUGAAACUGGACGUCACAUUAUCAGUCUUCUAGAUAAAAAUGGAAAUUCCAAAUUGGGACUGGUUGAAUUCCACGUGCUUUGGAUGAAGAUCCAGAAAUACAUGGAAAUUUUCAAGCGUUACGACUCCGACCGCUCCGGAACUAUGAGUUCACAUGAGAUGAGGGAUGCUCUGACAGAAGCAGGCUUCCAGAUCAACAAUGCAGUGCUGCAGGUCAUAGUGAAUCGUUAUGCCAGUGCCCACUAUGCCAUCGACUUUCACUGUUUCGUGGACUGUCUCAUCAGACUUGAAAUGCUCUUCAAGAUGUUUAAAACUCUGGAUACCAAAGCCUCUGGGAAGAUUGAGCUGGAUGUGUCUCAGUGGCUGUGCCUCGCAAUCAACUAGACUCCCCAACGCCAGUAGUGAAUCAACUAGACUCCCCAACGCCAGUAGUGAAUCAACUAGACUCCCCAACGCCAGUAGUGAAUCAACUAGACUCCCCAACGCCAGUAGUGAAUCAACUAGACUCCCCAAAGCCAGUAGUGAAUCAACUAGACUCCCCAACGCCAGUAGUGAAUCAACUAGACUCCCCAACGCCAGUAGUGAAUCAACUAGACUCCCCAAAGCCAGUAGUGAAUCAACUAGACUCCCCAACGCCAGUAGUGAAUCAACUAGACUCCCCAACGCCAGUAGUGAAUCAACUAGACUCCCCAACGCCAGUAGUGACAGUGACAGCUGAAUGCUAUUAUGGUUUUGAGAUGAAAUCGUUUUUAUAAUUAUAUUUUCUUCUGUGAUAUUGUCACAUUUCUAGGAACAUUUCAGGUUCUAGUUUUGCACUAUCUGUAAACUAACUUUGAAUAUGGCUACUCAUAAAUACUUGCUCAUUCUGUAUGGGAUUUUAAUGAACUAUAAAAAUAUAUAUAUAUCGCUGUACGGGUGUUUGUUUCUAUUAAAUGAAAUAAAAAUAUUAAAAGAC